AUGGUGGACGUGGGAACCCACUCGGGAUCGGCUGAGGAGCUGCCCGGGACUGGAAAGAUCAAUUGGCCCAAUAGCAUCACCACUCUGAACACGAGCGUCUUCGGUUUCGCAGCCGUUGCGGUUGGCAAUGGAUUCUUGGUGCCGACUCACACCACAGGUGGUGUUUACAUCAUGGAGGCGUCGACUGAGCCUACAACCUUGAAAGAGCCUGUCAAGAUCUCCAAGGACAAUUCUGGAUGGUUCUACCAUCAGGCGCACUUCGUGGACAUGGAUGGAGAUGGACUGCUCGAUGUCCUUGCGGCCAGAUGCACAUAUCCUGUGUGGCCAUGGGCCAAGAAGCAAGGCGAGCUCGUUUGGCUGAAGCAACCGGCACAGGAUGCAUUGGCUGGGCAGCCAUGGCAAGAGCAAGAGCUUGGCCCUGGUCCGGACUUCCUCUUCUGCGUUCAUCCGAACAGCUCAAGGGUCUCUUUGGUGGCGCCAGAGUAUAUCAGCGGGCGUGUAGUGUACUGGUACCAGCAGGAGGAUGGUUCAAUGGCCAGCCGCUUGCUGGACGACACCAUUGGCCCCGGCUUCUCCUGCUCCUGGACUGAUCUGAAUGCCGAUGGCCACCUCGACCUGCUGCUGACAAACCAUGCAGCCACCAACGGGUCAGUCUUCGCUUACACUUUCAGUAGCGAUGAUGUCGCCGUUGCACAGGUUUCAAGGCAUGUGCUGGCCACGGGCUUCACUCCCGUGAAGAUCAAGACGGGCAGCGCCUCCCCUGGUGAUGCCAUGGCUUUCCAGCCGCAGAUCAACCUCAGUGGCAAGCCUUUCAUCUUCGUGUCUGGAGAUAACUCAAAUAGCAUCUUCCUCAUGCGGCCUGCGUCCCAGGACCCGGCUGAUUGGAACUAUCGGUUGGAGCAGAUUCACGACUUUGGUGGAGACAUCGGGCGGCCUUCCAUUGGCGAUGUGGACAACAACGGCUUUGCAGACAUCUUCGUGCCACUGUAUGAUUUGAAGCAAGUGGCACACUACGAGUUUCGAAAGUCGCAGAGCAGGGCGGUGGAGAUCCUCGUCUGA